AUGGACGCCACAAAUGUCAAGCGCCGCCGCCGCCCGUCCAGCCCGCCGCCGACCGCCCCGCCCGCACCAGCCGUCCGCAGUACCUCGGUCGCGCACCAGCAGCCGCCGACCAGCGACGACGACGCGGCGCUGCGGGUGGCGCUGGCGAGCGUAGUGCGGCCUGUGCUCGACUUUGACCGGGAGAAGGUGUGCUCGGUGACGCUGUCGAACCUCAACGUGUACGCCUGCCUCACCUGCGGCGUGCUGGUCCAGGGCCGUGGGCCCGACUCGGUCGCCUACGCCCACGCGCUGGAGACCGGCCAUCCGCUGUACAUGCACACAACGACGACUGCGGCAUGGAUGCUGCCCGACGGCACGCCUGUUCCGCCUGCGCUGCUUGCCGACGUCGCCGCCGUCCUUCGCCCGCGCUACGCGCCCGCUGACAUUGCCGGCAUCGACGCCGCCGCCGCUGAGGCGCCCGGUGUCGACCUGGCCGGCAACGCAUACCUCCGCGGCGUUGUCGGCCUUAACAACCUCUCCGCCACCGAUGGUAUCAAUGCCGUCCUCCUCGCUCUCGCCCACGUCCGUCCGCUCCGUGACUUUGCCCUCGACGACGACGCCGUCGCCGCUGCCGCCCGCUCGCCGCUCGCCUCCGCCUUUGGCGCCUUUGUCCGCAAGGUCUGGCACGGCGGCAACUUUAAGGCUCACGUCUCGCCGCACGAGCUGGUCCAGGUCAUCGCCAAGCUCUCGCGCAAGCGCUUCCGCCCGGGUGUCCCCUCGGAUCCGCUCGCCUUUCUCGUCUGGUUUCUCAACGAGCUUGCGCGGGGCAUCAAGCUGCCCAAGGCCCAGGCCAAGGCCCUGUUCGCUGACGCGCGCUCCCGCCUCGACGGCGAGCUGCCGGCACCGGCCAAACUCUCGCGCUCGCUCGUUGAUUUGCUCUUCCGCGGCAAAGUGACGACUCGGACCGAGGAGCUUGAGGGCGGCGCCGCCGCUGUCCGCGGUGACUGGAUCCCCAUCUCGGUUGCCACCGUCCCGUUCCUCUUCCUCGCGCUCGAAGUUCCCAACCCGCCGCUUUAUCCGUCGGACAAGGCUGCCGAGCUGGCUCACCAGGUAUCUCUCGCGCAGUUGCUUGCAAAGUACGACGGGGUGACGCCGACCCACAUCGGCGCCCGCCGCCGCAAGUACAUCAUUCCGCAGGACGGCCUCCCGCGGUUCUUGGUUCUUCACCUCGACCGCUCGGACGCCGCUGGCUCGGGCGCAUCGGGUGCGUCGGGCGCGUCGGUCACAGCGCCGCCUCCUCCUUCAGCGGCAUCUGCCGCGCUUCCGGACACUUCCGCCAAUGCCACCGUCGUCAACUUUCCGCUCGACAACCUCGACAUGGCGCCGUACCUCGCGCCGGCCGCUGCUGUCGCCAACUCUGCCACCACCUAUGCGCUUCUUGCCGCCAUCACUCACGAGCGUGAGGCCGGUCAGGCCUCAGGCACCUACGCCGUGACCAUCGCCCCAGCUUCCAAGCCUGGCGAGUACUUUCGCGUCCUCGACCUUGACGUCACGCCUCUCAAGGCGUAG